GGAGGUGCUGCUGGGUCCUGCCCCGAGCGGCCGCAACCUGAGCCGCGUGGCUGGAGUUUCAGGCGUGGGUCAGAGGGUGCCAGGCGCUGGUGCCACCAGACCCAUUCACGCACACACCUCUGGCACAGCCCUGACACCGCGGCCCUGGCACAUCUGCAGCCCUGGCAGAUGUACCUGCCCGCUGCAACCCUCCUCCGCCAGCACUGGCCGUGGCCCCAGGAGCCACGCUCUCUGCCAGGACUCAGCCCCAUGCGCGGCCCGGAGGAGGGGUGCAGCGCUGGGACCCGUGUGCCAAGGGGCCAGUCCUGCCAGGCAGCUGCAACCAGCACCAGCACUGGGCUCAAGCAGACGCUGGCCCCGGGUGCCGCCUGGGCCGUGUCGGCAGGUGUCGUGGUCUCGGGCAGUGCCCAGGACCUGCCCCAGCUCGUGAUGUCCCGGCAGAGGGCUCUGGCAGCCCCAGGGAGAUGGAGGGGGCUUGGAGUCGGGUCCCAAAGGAGAGGGUGGGCAGCUCAGGGAGAGGGGACAGCCCCUGGUAACGUGGGGCAGGAUCGGUGCUGCCGGAGUCUCUGUAUGGGGGAUGCUGGGGGCUCAGCCCAGCCUGCACAGCGCUGCCCGUGGGCCCUGGGCUCGGCCAUGCACUCACCCGCCCUCCCUUGCAGCCUUGCCCUGCGCCCGCGGGAGCUGGCACCAGGACCAUGACGCUGACCAAGGGCUCCUUCACCUACUCCAGUGGGGAGGAGUACCGCGGCGAGUGGAAGGAAGGCCGCCGGCACGGCAUGGGCCAGCUGACCUUCGCUGACGGCAGCACCUAUCUGGGCCACUUCGAGAAUGGGCUCUUUCAUGGCUGCGGGGUGCUCACUUUUGCUGACGGCUCCCGGUACGAGGGGGAGUUCGUGCAGGGGAAGUUCAGCGGCGUCGGCGUCUUCACGCGCUACGACAACAUGACCUUCGAGGGCGAGUUCAAGGGCGGCCGCGUCGAGGGCUUCGGGCUCCUGACGUUCCCCGACGGCUCCCACGGGGUCCCCCGCAACGAGGGCUUCUUUGAGAACAACAAGCUGCUGCGGCGCGAGAAGUGCCCAGCCGUGAUCCAGCGCGCCCAGAGCGUCUCCAAGUCCACACACGGCCUCAUGGUGUGACCGCCCCAGCCCCAGCCCCUCCUCGAGCAGCCGGGCACCCCCAGCCCGGCUCCAGGGCUCCCCGGGGAGGUCCCCCCAACUGCCCCCGGGCUCUGCUCACCCCCCAGGUCAGCUCGUCCUUCCCGCAGGGCCACGCGGUGCCUUGCAGAUGCCACAGUGCCAGGGCCCAGGCAGGGACUCGGGCUCUUCCCCAGGGGCAGCCCCCAGCCAGGGUGUGGGGGGCCGUGCGGAGUUGCCCCCCAGGCUGGGAGUGAUGGGAGCUGCGCAGGGGAUGGGGGUGGGGCACGGGCAGGGGCUGGGUCUCCGACAGGUCACGCUCCCCACCCCGCCUCAGGCCUGGCCUUGACCCCCAGGGUACCUGACCCCGACAGGGGCAGGAUGGUGCUGCAGAGAUGCCCCAGGGCCAAGCCCCGUCCCCCUACAGCAGUGCCAAACCCCCUCAUCGCACCGGGGCAGAGCCUGGCAGGACAAGGCCCUUCUGCCCAGGCAGGUGGAGCCCAGCAGUGGGGACGGUGGGCCCGGAGCGAGGGGCCUGGGCGAUGGGGGGGUGGGCCUGCCCGGCCGCGCUGAAUGUCCGCAACGCCGCUCCGUGCCUUGCGCCCGCUCGGCCGGGAGUAAAACCGCCUUGCCAA